AUGGCUGUUAUUAACAUUCACAAAGAGAUAAUAGAGGAGGAGUCUCAAUAAGAUACUGAUGAGAGAGACUUUGAAAAUGACUACAUAGAUGGAGAUGAAUGUGAAGAAGACUGUGAUUAGUAAGAUGGAGAAUCUCAAAUCAAUGAAGAUGGAGAGGAAGAGGACUAUGAGUUGAACUCGGAAGAAGAGGAGUUGUUUCAAAGACUUGAAGAAGAUAAUUAAUUUGAAUAAUUCUAAGUCAAUUAAAAUGAACUUGAGGAGGUUGAAGAACUUGAGGAAUCGAAAUUUGACAGGAUUAAUGAGGAUGGAGAUAUUACCAAUAUAUAAAUAAUUGAGAACUUGAGCUAUGAAAGAGAGAAAAGUCCAUAUGAAGAUAAUGAUGAGUAAAACAAAAAUGAUGAAGAAGAGAAUCAAUAAGAAUAUUUGGAAGAGGAUGAUGAGGAAGGUGAGAAUGAGGAUAUGACUGAAGAAAAUGAAGAGGAACCUUAAUCUCUCUAGGAAGUGAAUAAAAGAAAUGAUGAGUUCUGGGCUAAAUAAGCUGAGAGAAUCAAUUCAAAGAUGAAUGGAAUGAUGAAAUCUAUGGUUAACUAACAAUCGAAAGACAUUUUCAACUAGUAAUAGCAAAUGAACUGUUUCGCUUUUUACAGUGGUCAUCUUAAAUAAUGCUUAAGUGGAAUGUCUAAUACUAGCAAGAGCAAUAUUGAGAAAUUGUUUUACGACACAAAGAGUAAAGAAGAAUAGCAUCAAACUAAUGAAGAUCCUUAGAAACUGAAAAAGAAAAGGAACUUAGUAUCUAACAAUCUAGAGUAAUCUUAUCAUAUUCGAUCAGUAGUUAAACUAUUUGACGAGCUCAAUAACUAUUAGAAAAUUUAUCCAUUUGUGAAACAAGUUUUUCAAAAUAAACAUAUUCAGUUCAAGAAUUUUACCAAAAAUAAGGACAAUAUUGUAAAUUAGUUAACAGCGAAAUAUUGUAAAGCUUAAACGUAUCCUGUAAGAAAGCCAUAAAAGCCUCCUCUAUAUGAUGAAAACUUAUAAAUUCGUAAAUAAUAUCACUACAAGCUCAGAAAAAGGGUAUUUUGCUUGAGUAAUAAAAAGAAUGCUGUAUACGAAGAAGAACCUGAAAAGGAGAAGCCAACUAUAAUCUAGACUUAAUCGACUAUCAGUAAAUAAUUAGACUCUCAACGACAAAGCAAAAUGGCUGAGAAUAACCCUAGUCCUAGUGUUCUAUAGAAUAAAACUAUUGUUACCUCUGUGUUGGCCUAAAAUGGAAACUACAAUAAAUAUAGUUAGUCUAUGAUUUAAAAACAAAAAGUUGGAACAACCUACGAGCCAUUAAAUGAAGAAUUAUACUAGAACUCACUAUCUAAUCAUCAUUCGCCAGAAAGAAAUCAAGGAUUAUCACCUAUGCAACACCAUUUCUCAGCAUUGCAUAAUAUUGGGCACGAAUUUACUAAAGAAUUUUUGAAUUUAAAGCCAGACCCAAUACAAAUACUUUAGCAAUAAAGACUAUCUGGACUUAGAAUUGAUAAUAAACCCUAGGAAGAUAUUUUCAGCAUAAGAGAUGAGAUCAUGGAAAUCAAUAAGUAUUAUACUGGAUCGCAUUUGAUUCAUGACUCAAAUUUUGGAUAAAGAGGAUCAUAGAAAUAUUUGGAAAAUAAUGAUUCUUAGAAAAAGAUUGGAACGAUGGCAAAGAAAUAUUAAAAUCAGUAUAACAAAUUCUAGAUAUUCGACCAUAAUAUGCUUAGAGGUCCAACUAAAUUUGAUAAAGGCUUUUUCAAGCAAGAUUUUCAUCUCAGUAAAGGAGCCCUAGAUACAGUUGGCUAAACUAGGCGAUAAGUUGCUAGAGAAAAUAAUACUAUGACAAUAGCAGGAACAAGUACAAGCGGCACUAACGGAAGAACCUCAAACCUUUCAUAACUGGCUUAGCCUCCUAGAACCUAGCAGUCACACCUAGCUCGAUCUCAAUAGGUAUAAACUAGUCAGUAACAAUAAAAAUCAAAUAUGGAUUCCUAAAACAAAGAGUCAAAGCUUGCAUAAAUAUGGACAGAGGUAGACCAAAAUGCUGAACUCCUCAGAUAGGAUAAGCAAAAAUCCUUUGUCCAGCAUUCAGUAAUUGGUGGAGGAGGAAGAGAAACCAUAUCAGGAGGAACAGCAAGUACAUCUGCAACCUCAACUAACUUAGGAAACAACCAAAAAUAGUAGCAACAAUAGUAGCAGCCAUCCAUAGGAUAGCAGCAGCCAAUAAUAGGACAAUAAUAAAUUAUAGUCACGUAGUAGCACUGGAUAAUCCCGCAAGAUGAAUAAUAGAUGCAGUAAUUAUACUAACAAUAGUAGUCGUCAACACCUUAUCGAAUAUUCUGUCCACAGAAAAUACUUUCAAGCAAAAUAAGAGGAAAGCCCAAAUCAUCAGCAAGAUAGGGUGCUCUAAAUAGCAGCUAAACUUCAGGACUUUCAGGCUAAUUAGGAACCUAGAAACCGGUAGGGAGCUAGUAACAGUAAUAGGACUUAAUCACUCAUAAGUAAGGGUUCUAAUAAAAUCUCGAAUCAUAAUAGUAAAAAGAUGAUCAAGGAGAAUCUAGACUCAAGGUAUAUAACAAGUAAUCAAUGGGAACUCAGAGACAACCUGAACUCCAACAGUCUAUAUUAAGCUCAGAUCUCUUUGUAAACAACUAAUCCCACUAUUAAUCAGACUUCAGGAAUAGAUCAUUGAAACAGGAUAAAUUAAUUUAAGGUGAAACCGGACUUGAUUAUAAGUAAAGAGGACUAGAGAAGAGAGAGCACUCAGCAGCUGGAUUAAUUGUAAUCGAGCAAAAUUUAGCAACCAGAGACUAUUCCAACAAUCAUAAUAAAAGACUCAAGAACUAAUAACAGCAAUAUCAAUAAUACAAUGCAGAAUGGUAAUAGAAACAGUCUAAGGGCUAACAAUAAUCAGAUGUCGAUGGAAACGAGGGAAUUCUGUAAAAGUUAUAAUAAUAGCACAAGUCACAAGAGUCAUUUGAACUUUAAGAUACAAGACAAUAACCCAAACUUACUGGGAGCACAACACCAUUAGACCUCAGAUAGUUGAGAGCAAAAGCAGUAGAGCAAGUAUCAGGAAUUUAAUCCUUACAACAUAAACAAUCCUUAGGAGAAGCAGCUGAGAUCACCUCAAAAUUAGCAAAUACAGUAAAUGCAAACCAAUAUUCAGUUGGGAGUGAACUUGAAUAAUGCAAAUUAAAGCAUCGUUCCACAAUCGAACGAGUCUUAUACUAGACCAAAUCACCUGCUUUCCUAUAGGAGAAGAGCUCAUCUUUAGCAAACUAACCAGCCAGCUCUCAGUAUAACUCAGAAUAAUCAGCUCAGCAAAAGUAACAAAUAGAACUAAUUAGCAAACAUAAGUAUGUAAUAAAUGAGCAGUUAGUACAGUUAAGGACCUCAGCAUUCAUGCAACUGGAUCUAUAAGGCAGCUCUUAAAGAUCUGCUUAACGAUAGCAACUAGUCAGGCCGAGAAAUCAAGACCAACCUGAUAAUAGGGUGCAAACUUAGCAAUAACACGAUUUCGAAACCUAGCAAUUCGGAAAGUCAACAGCUUAAGUUUUUAAUGCCCCUAAAUAAAAGUAAUAAUACUAGCAAAGACAGCAACACCAGUAAUUCAGUUAAUCAGUAAAAUAGUAACAACUAUAAUUAAGGAAUUCUCAACAGUUUUAAUAGCAAUCUAUAGGCUUGAUUCCAGCAAACUUAGAUUAUCAGCAGCAAUUAAUAGGAGCUCCUGGAUCAGCCACAAAUUUCAUACCCCCAAUAGGAUUAAUAAACUCCCAAGUUGGAUAGAAGCCCAUAUAAAAUUUUAAUAUUCCCUAUCAGUUCAAGAUUGGUGGCAAAUAAUGA